GCGCUCCAGUUGUCGCUGCUGUCGUUUCCUGUGCCAUUUCAGUCAUGCCGAAGCACGAGUUCUCUGUGGACAUGACCUGCGGGGGAUGUGCUGAUGCUGUCUCCCGAGUCCUCAACAAGCUGGGAGGAGUGGAGUUCAACAUUGACUUGCCCAACAAGAAGGUCUGCAUUGAGUCUGAGCACAGCACAGACACCCUGCUGGCCACACUCAACAAAACAGGAAAGGCCGUGUCCUACCUCAGCCCCAAGUAGCCAGGACCUGGGCCAGUUCCUCUGGAAGUACUAAAGAGGUCAUUGAUCUGGUCUCCUUGCAGAUUUGGAACACUAACUGCUCAGUCCAGCUCAGCCAUGGAGUUCCUGCCCAGACAGGCCCUCCCCU